UCACUUCAUCUUCUUCAACUAGGUUUCUAACCCUAGUCAGUUCUCUGUUAACCGUCACUUCCAAACUGACAAUAGAGAGUUGGAGAUUGAUUUCGUCCAGAUUGCUUAUGAUAAGAGAUGUAAUCAAUUCAAAACCGUAAAAUUUUAUGCUUCUUCUCACGAAAUUUCCAUACGAUCAUUUUGAUUUUCUGAAACCUAAGGCAGUAUAGCAUAAAACGAGAUGGAGGCGAUGGACAUGGAUGAGGUUGAAGAAAUAUCGGACGUUGAAGCAUCGGUAGGGGCAGUGGAGAAUCUCCUCGGUUAUUGUUUCAAGCAGAAGAAGCUUCUGGAAGAGGCCUUGACUCACUCCUCGUGUUCCGAUUCCGCCUCCUAUCAGCGCCUCGAGUUCGUCGGCGACGCCGCUCUUGGCUUGGCCGUCGCCAACUUCGUUUACCUUUACUAUCCCGGCCUCGACCCCGGGAAACUCUCGCUCCUACGCUCCGCCAACACCAGCACUGAGAAGCUUGCGCGCGUCGCCGUCCGCCACCGCCUCUAUAAGUACGUACGCCGCAACGCCGCUGUCAUUGAUGAAAGGGUUACAGAAUUUGUAAGGGCCGUAGAAGAGGAGAAGGAAUUAGAGAUAUAUGGGGGUUUGGUCAAAGCACCGAAAUUUCUUGCGGAUAUUGUGGAGUCAGUGAUCUUUAGACAUCUUCUAGAACCCAUUGUAACGCUAAAUGAUCUGGAGCAACAACCACAACCUGUAACUAUGCUCUUUGCGCUAUACCAAAAGGAUGGAAACCAGGUUCGUAUAAGUUACGAGAAGAAAGGAGAGAAAAUAUUUGCUACUGUUACCGUCAAUGGGGAGUUUAUUGCCUCUGCUUCUUCCGAGCAUAGAGAACUGGCAAAGCUCCUUGCUGCAAAGGAUGCUCUUGAAAAGCUGUCUCAGAGAUCUUACAACCAAUUGAAGGAUACCAUAUUCGAUCAUAUCAGUAUGGAUGGUGAAAUUGAAGAAGCAAAACAGAAGCUGCAUGAGCUGUGUGGCAAGAAGAAAUGGUCAAAACCAAACUACAAAAUCAUUAAAGAAGCCCGUGUUGCUAAUCAGAAGAGAUUCACAUGCUCUGUUGAAAUUGAUUUAUCAAUGGGUUCACUUGUGAUGGAGGGGGAAGAGAAGCCAAGAAUGAGAGAGGCAGAGAGCUCAGCAGCUUCAGCAAUGCUCUUCGGUCUUAAAAACUCAGACUUUAUAUGAUUAUUAUUAUCAUGUCCUAAACCUAGGAUAGUGUAUUUUAUUGAAACAGCUAACCACAAUAGGAAUUAGAGUAGUACUAUCAAAUUCUUGAGAAUCAAGUAUUUGAAGGAUACUACUUUAUUUUGUACAUGCACCUAGUUUUGAUUGUUGAGAAGUAAUCGACUCUGGAUUAGACAACAAUUAUUGUACUAUCAUUUAUUGGGCUAAAUUCUAUAAAUGGGGUGUUCUGCAAAAA